AUGGCGGCGGGGGCGCUGGGGGCUGUCCCGGCUGAGCCGCCGCCGCUGCCGGGCCGCCUGCCCGGAGGAGCCGGCACGGAGCGCGCCCUGGAAGAAGCAGAGGCUUCCGGUACCCUCAGCCUGGCCGGCCGGCGGCUGCGCGCCUUCCCGGCGGCGGCGGCGCGGCGCUGGGACCUCAGCGACACCACUCAGGCCGACCUGUCCCGGAACCGUUUCGGGGAGGUGCCGGAGGCCGCCUGCCGCCUGGUGUCUCUGGAAGGGCUGAGCCUGCACCACAACUGCCUGCGCAGCGUCCCCCCGGCCAUCGCCAACCUGCAGGCCCUGGCUCACCUGGACCUCAGCCGCAACCAGCUCAGCUCGCUGCCCGCCUGCCUGUGCCUGCUGCCGCUCCGCGUCCUCAACGCCAGCAACAACCGCCUGGCCCGGCUACCGCCGAACCUGGGCGCCCUCCGCACGCUGCGGCAGCUGGACGUGGGCUGUAACCGGCUGCGGGUGCUGCCGCCGGGGCUGGGGCAGCUGCGGGCGCUGCGGGACCUCAACGUGCGGCGGAACCAGCUGGCGGCGCUGCCCGAGGAGCUCUCGGAGCUGCCCCUGGUCCGCCUGGAUUUCUCCUGCAACCGGGUGGUGGCGAUUCCGCGCUGCUUCCGCCGCCUGCGGCACCUCCAGACGCUCCUGGCGGACAACAACCCGCUCCAGUUCCCCCCUGCGCAGAUCUGCCUGAAGGGCAAAGUCCACAUCUUCAAGUACCUGGAAGCCGAGGCUGCCGCCCAUCCCGUGCCCGCAUGCCCCCCGGACGAGCCGUGUCCCCUCCGGCAGCGAGGGGGGCUGGACUCCGGCUUCCACAGCGUGGACAGCGGCAGCAAGCGCUGGUCGGGGAACGAGUGCUCGGAUGAGUCCUCGGAGCCGUCCCGGCAGCACAGGGAGAUGCACGGCGGGGCAGUCGGUGACAGUGACCCGGAGCAGCUGGAGGAGGAGCCCUCGCCCGAGGAGCAGCAGAGCCAGACCCCGAGAGGUGACAGCCCUGAGGGCAGCAGGGGGGUCCCCAGUUGCCGGCGGCGCCCCAAGAACCUGGAGGUGUGGAUGGAGAGAGAGAGGGAGAGGAGCCGGGACAGGACCCCCCCCCGGAGACCCCCCCAGGACCCUGAUGGAGCCCCCGGACCCCCAAAACCCAGCGCCUGCCUCAGCCCUUCCUCAUCCUCCUCUUCCUCCUCAUACAGUGCCACCAAGCCAGCCCCCCCGGACCCCGACCAGCUGAUGGCUGAGCUGCGCCAGAGCCUUGAGGCGCUGCUGCAGCUGCGGCUGCCGGAGGAGCUGGGGGGGGACCUGGAGCUGCUGGGGCGCGUGGCGGCGCGGCUGCGGCCCUGGGCGAGCCCCCCCAGCCCCCGCCGGACGCCGCCGCCCUCUGAGGUGAAGCCCCCCCACCCCCGGCGCCCCCCCCCCGGGCUGCUCUUCGCCCUCUUCUACGGCCUCCUCAUGGCGCUGCUCCUGGCCGCGCACCGCGCGCUCUUUGGCUGCUGAGGGACCCCCCAAAAACCUGGGGAAUGCCCCAGAACUUGGGGGAGCCCCCCUGGACCCAGGGGAACCCCCAAACCCC